AUGCUGGUGGGGUGGCGGGGUCCGGCGGCGUCGAUGGAGGAGGACACCAUUUACAUGGUGGAUGAAUCGAAAGGUGCAUUGAGAAAAUAUGAUCCUCGGAGGGACAAAUGGGUGGCGGUUUUGGAAAGUCAGGUGCUUAAAGGGGCGCCGCAAAUGGCGGCGGGUGGUGGUAGAGUGUGUGUAGUUAAAGGGGAUGGUGUUGGCAUUAUGGUGGUGAAUGUGGUGGCGCCGCCGCAUAGAUUUUGGAUUGUGGAUACUCUGCCGGGGUUACGAGUUGUUACUAUAAAUAUAUUGCCAAGAUUAAGUCAACCCUCAAUACCAGCUAUAACUUGUAAGGAAUAA